AUGGACAAUCGCAAGCCUAACAAGGUUCAGAAAAAGGAGAUCCGGGACCGCGAAUGGCAUCGUUGCAUCCAGUACAUCCAGUCCGCUCGGAAGCAGGUCGAUGAAGGUCUCGCCGUUGCUGACUACGACAUUAGCAUGGAGUCUACCCUUCACAUGAUGCGCAGGCUGCAGGGGAGAGACGUGAAACAGAAGAUUCAGGACAUGGAGGGAAUCGUAACAUGGGAGCAGCGCUAUGUCUUCCGAGGCAGGCAGCUCCAGGACAGUCAAACCCUCGCAAGCUACGGCAUCGAGAAAGGGUCCACCUUGUAUCUGGUGGUCUGGAGCCAUUUGCUGAGACGACCUGUGUCCUCCCCUCCAGAGAAAGCUUCUUCUCACUCGGUCAAUCCUCUUUAUGAGCCACUUGAGUUCUGGGAAGACCGUCAUAUGAAACCGUUCAACAUGUGCCCAGAUUACUGGUGGAGUCUUUGA